AACGGGGUGGGGAGGGUGCUAGGAGUGGAGGGGACAGGACUCCUGGGUCCUGGGAAGGAAGAAGGGGGAGGGUUGCUGGUGAAGGGUCUUGAUUUUGGGGUGAUGUUGCAGGAAGCGAAGAGGCUGUGUCCCAACCUUUACUAGCAGCCUACUCUUCAUCUGGGAAGCACUGAUACAGGCCGAGGCAUGAUCCGAAUCCACAUCUUGGAGGGAAAGGCUUUUGUGUGGAAUGCUGCUGAUGUGCGGAGAUUGCGGGAGGAGCAUCGUAUUGUCGGCACGCUGGUUGGAGCAUUAGCUCGGAAGCCGCGGCAGAAUGUGCGGUUGGGGCUGCCCCUGCAGCUGCUCCCAGAAGAGGUCCGGCUACUGGCAGAAAAGGGGUUGGCAGCCUUGUUCAAAAACACAGCGUCCCAACCCCUUCGAGAUGAUAAAAGCCAGGAUCCUUCAGCCCUUGAGGUGGCCGCCUACCAAAAUGAGCAAGAAAAGAGCUAUCAGGAGCAGGUUCGGCUGGCGGCUGAACAGAGGAAAGCCAUGCUGGGUACUCUUGCGGAACGUAUAGCCCAGGGUCGGGCAAAGAAACGGCGGCAGGAAGAGGCAGAUCCUCCUGCAGAACCGGAAUCCAGCUUUGUGCUUCCUCGACAAUCUAUGAUGGUCCAGCUCCCAACAGAACGAGUACAUCCAGGCCCAGAAGAAGAGGUGGACUGGCAUGUCCAAUCCCAAGACUGGCCUUAUGCUGGACAAGAGGACCACGAGAUACGUUACCGCAUUUUCCAGAAUCUUUGGGAACGGGGCUACUACGUCACUAGUGGGAGCAAAUUUGGCGGUGACUUCCUUGUUUAUCCAGGUGACCCCAUGCGUUUCCAUGCCCAUUACAUUGCCCUGUGUGUCUCUAAAGACACCCCUCUCUCCCUGUGUGAUGUUGUCAGUGCAGGACGCCUCGGCACCAACGUGAAGAAGACGGUGCUGCUGUGUUCGGUGGACCAGGAUGGGACUGCAGUCUUUACGUCCUUGCAGUGGAGUGGGAUGCAGUGAAAACGGGCUGCCCGUGGUGAUUUAGGGUUGCCGUUCCAACAGUCGUGCGGGGCUGGGCUUCAGCUAUUAUAGCACAGUCUACUCCGGCUGUUCUCUUACCUCGUUUACAGUUAACCCUCCGCAUUACAAUUGUCGGUGUGUGUAGUUAAGUCUCCCAACAGACAUCUCCAUGUCUCAUGGAGGGCAGCUCUGCGUACAUAAAUAAGAUGGCCAAGGAGAAAUACUUGGACUGAUUUUUGGCAGAGUUUCUGCAGUAGUGUAAUUUUUCUUUUCCCAGCUGCCUGGAGGCAAGGUUUGCGCUUGCUCAAAAAUAACAGGAAGAGGUUCGAGCCUUAUCAGGGGAAACCUUUUGCAGCCCACAGGCAACCUUUGUGGGGGUGAACUGGUGGGGCCAGAGCAACAGUUGUGAGUCUUCCUUUAUUUAUUGAAAGCUACAUUCAGGCGGAGGCCUCUUUGCUUGCAACUACAAACCCCUCUUCCCAUGCAGAUGAGCAAGAGGCACCACAGUUCAAAAACACAUCAGCCACACAAGGAAGGUGUGGAGUGAAGGUGAUGGGAUCUGACCUAGGGAAAUGGGUAUGUGACCUAGGCAGAUUUCCUAGGGCCAGAAAAGAAAGAAGGGACACCCUCCCCUCUGGUAUGAGAGGUUGAGGGUGGCACAGGCCUAUUUGUUUCUUGCAUUUAUAUCCCACCGUUUUCUCCCGGAAGCUCAAGGUGGCGUUAAUGGUUCUCCCCCUCAUUUAAUCCCCACAACAACCCUUGGCAAUAGGUUAGGCUGAAAGGCAGUGACUGGCUCAGGGUCACCCACAGUGAGCGCCAAGCCCAAGUAGGGAUUUGAACCCUGGUCUCACAGGUCCUGGUCUGACACUCCAAACACUACACCACACUGGCACUUUGCGACACGGGGCAAAGGGAAUUCCUAGCUUCCACUUUGAAAAAUUAAUUUUUAUUAAAUUUGUGUAUCACCCGUGGUUCGCAACAUAAAAAAUACAAUUAUUAAAAAGCUCUGA